CAAGACAACAUGAAUUAGAACAACAAAUAUUAUACAAUGCAACUGUAAUAACGACCGCCGCGCGAGUCAGCAAGGGUGAGGUGAUGCUUCACGCCUCUAGUCAUCUCAUCUAGGCACGCUUGGAGUCAUUGCAUAUCAGCAAAUCCCAUUGGGUCGCUUCCUCGUUGACUUUAUUGCCUUGUCCAUGCCCAGCCUUGCAAUGUUACGUUUCACAGCAGAUGCUGCACGCACACCUCCCACCAAACAUACCACCCCCACCGGGAAGAUGUAGCUUGAGCUUCGCCUUAUAUGAUCGGGCACCUACUGCGGACCGCAAGGUCUUCUUCGGUCUUCCGCCAUGCGUACACGAUGCUCUCAAAGGACGAUACCAUAAUUGGCACUACCGACGCUGGAGUGCGUGCGCCUGGCGGUCCUCCGCCAGACACUCUUGUCAAGCCAUGGAGCAGGAAAAGGUACUUUGGUACUUUGCUCUUCAACAUCGCCGCCUUCACCCUCCCCGCUCUCUACGCCACUCUGAGCAAGCUGUGGGUGGCCGACAUCGAUGCUUCUUUCGUAGUCACCACCGAUGCUUAUACCUACAUCGGCGUCGUCGCCGAGGUGAUCAACGAAGGUCUACCGCGCGCUGCCUGGAACAUCAUCGCAGACAAGUCGAACCGUUCACUUGCCGACCGCCAUGGCUUAUCAUACACCCUGAUCUUGUUCCAAAGCGCACUCGGCCUGAUCUUGUCCGUCUGCUUUCUCGGCGCUGCACGGCAAUUCGCAGACGCGUUCGUGCCCUCCGUUGUGCGUGAAGCGUCCCUUACGUACGUCCGGAUCUCUGCAUUCUCGGCUCUGUCAUCCGCCAUUGAAACAGCGGUCGCGUCGGCUACCAGAUCCCUGGACCAGCCGGAUGUACCGUUGCUCAUCAGCUCCAUCAAGUUCGUCGUUAAUAUUGUACUGGACAUGAUUGUGAUCUCGAGGUUCCAUGUCCGCGGUAUACAUCCGUCAGUGAACACUCAAGCCGCGACGCAGCUCGCCUGCAACAUGACUGCUUCUCUUGCAGGCCUUGCGUACUUCGUCAGCAUCACAGCCAGGCAGCGCCGUCGAAUCAAGCCCGUGGAUGGACAUCAGGUUCCUCGUGAAGCCAGACCCUCGUUCGGCAGCCUGUCAACUUUAGCCAGGCCAGGCUUCUUCACCUUCACCGAGUCUGCCGUCCGCAACGCCCUAUAUCUGUGGCUCGUCAGCGGCAUUGUAGCGAUGGGCUCCGACUACGCCACAGCGUGGGGUGUCUUCAGCACCAUCCGAUGGGGCCUGAUCAUGGUACCCGUGCAGUCGCUCGAGGCCACCUCGCUAGCUUUCGUCGGACACGCUUGGGGUUCCUGGCGUAGAAGUAUUGGUUCGGACGAACGCCGACCUCACGCAACCAAGUCGCAGCUGCUACGUAAGUCAUCCACCCUUUCCCAGCCUGGCGCAUGCAUAGCACGACUAAGAGCCGCGCAGACAUCACCCGCCCGGCCCUAACCUCCUGCCUCAUCGCCCUGAUCAUCGAAGUACCCCUCUGCCUCUUCCUCUCCUUCUACGGCGCCCGCCACUUCGCCUUUUACAUCUCCGCCUCUAACCCCGUCUCCCUUAUCACCGAGAAGAUGUGGCGCACCAUUGACUGGUGCUACAUUUUCUACGCUUUGGCCACGCAGCUCGCCACCAUUUUGCUCGCCACGCGGCCGAGGUGGUAUUUGUAUCAGUCGCUUGUUAGCAGUAUUUGCUGGGUUUUGCCGUGG